AUAUAUACGGUGCAGCUACGGUUGCUAUGAAUAAUUGAGUUUAGUACAGUGGAGAUAUAAUCCGUACAAAAUGAAAAGUCUUGUGCUUUGCGUCUGUGUUUUAAUACUUGCUUUUCAGUCAUCAAGCUCAUCAGAACUAAAAAACCGGCUUAAAAGUGCAGUUAGAUCAAGCAUACAAAAUGAUGCUGAAGCUUGCUUGAUUGAAAAUGAUAUGACUAGUGAUGACUUCUACGAUGAAAAAGAAAUAAUGAAUAACUUACAUACGAAACCUGAAAAUGUAGAGAGAACAGGAAAAAAUGGCUGCUUUGUUGCGUGUAUCUUAAAGAAACAAAAUUUAAUGGAAGGAACAAACAUUAAGGAAGCUCAAGUUCAUGCAAAAUUAAAUGAAAUAAUAAAUGACGGUCCUGAAUUAGCCGUAGCACACAAAGUUGCACGUAAAUGCAUAAAAAAAGCGAAAAGUAUUACUCAAGAAUGUGAGAAAGGUUUCUCUCUGAACGUGUGCAUCGCAGAAGCUAUACAUAAAUUAGAGCAACAUGAUGAACAUGAAUUAGACUCAGAUACAGAAGACGAAGCAGUAACAGAACAAGCUGAAUGGAGAUAUAAUCCGUACAAAAUGAAAAGUCUUGUGCUUUGCGCCUGUGUUUUAGUACUUGCUUCAUCAAGCUCAUCAGAAAUAAAAGACCGGCUUAAAAGUGCAGUUAGAUCAAACCUACAAAAAUAUGCUGAAGCUUGCUUCUCUGAAAAUAAUGCGACCGGAGAUGACCGCUACACAGAAGAAGAUAUAAUGAAUAACUUAUAUGCAAAACCUGAAAAUGCAGAAAGAACAAGAAAAAAUGGCUGCGUGCUUGCGUGUGUCAUGAAAAAACAGGAUUUAAUGGAAGGAACAAACAUUAAGGAAGCGCAAGUUCAUGUAAGAAUAAAUGAAGUGCUGAUGAAUGACGGUCCUGUACAAGCCGAAGCACACAGAAUGAUGCGUAAAUGCAUGAAAAAAGUGAGAAGUAUUACGCAAGAAUGUGAGAAAAGUUUCUCUUUGCACGUAUGCAUCGUAGAAGCUAUGGAUAAAUUAGGGCAACAUAAUGAACAUGAAUUAGACUCAGAUACAGAAGACGAAGCGGUAACAGAACAAGCUGAAUAAAUACAAAUAAAUGUAAAAAUUGAAUAUUACUCGUAUAAUUAUUAUUAAUGCACAUUUAUAAUACACACACAAUAUAAUUUACCUUAAAUAAAUAGAUAUAUAUACACUCUUGUAUGUACUUUCUCCAUUCUUAUUUUUCUGAUUUAAUAAAUGUGCUGCAAAUAUGA